UGCCCGGGCUCCAGCUUCACCUUCAGCAGCUUCGGCAUGGAAUGGAUUCGACAGGCGCCCGGGAAGGGGCUGGAGUUGGUCGCAGCUAUUAGCAAGGAUGGUGGUUACACAAACUACGCGCCGUCGGUGAAGGGUCGCUUCACCAUCUCCAGGGACAACUCCCAGAGCACGGUCACGCUGCAGAUGAAGAGCCUCAAGGAGGACGACACGGCCACCUACUACUGCGCCAAAGAAGCUGGUGCUGGUGGUGCUGGUUAUUGUGGUGGCCCCGACCCCCACAUCGUGACCAAACUCUCUGCCCUGCUCUGUGGAGAUCUCACCUGGAGCCCUUUGUCCGGCUCUGGAGUCCUCAGCCCAGGAAGGACGGACAUGGCAGCCACAACCUCAUUGAGCCCCAACAUCCCUCAGCUCUUCCCCCAAAUCUCAGCACCUCCCGAAACCCCAGACUGGACUCUUCCCCCCAGCCCAGACCCCUGCACCCAACCCAGCUCCUUGCCCUCAGCCUCGGCCAUUGUCCCCAAGACCGUUCUUCUUCCACCCAGUGAAGGCCCCCACAGCCUGGACCUCCUAAUGGUG